AUGGCGCCUAUCACGACAGCAUCAGACGAGAGCAACCACAUGGCGCUGCUCGAUAAGCUCGACAUGCAGAAGAUCCACAAGCCCUUCCGCAACCCACGAUGGAAGCCUGCCCAGCGCCGCAACAAGACUGUCAAGCAGAUUGUGUCCGAAGCUCAGCGCAAAGAACAGCAACUAUUACAGCAAUCCGUCCAGGCCACACGCAACAACAGUGCUGCCGGCACUCCUCAGCCAGAGGCUGCCGUUCCCGACCCGCAACCUGCGCAACCCAUCGUCACACCGAGUUACACAUACACAUCCAUUCAGGCUGCGCCGUCUUUCAAGCCCAAGCAAAAGUAUUGCGAUAUCACUGGUCUGCCUGCUCCAUACAGCGACCCCAAGACCGGCCUGCGCUACCACAACACCGAGGUCUACUCUGUCAUCAAGACUUUGAGCACCACGCAGGUCCAGGAGUAUCUGGCUGCAAGAGGCGCACACACCAUUCUCAAGUGA